GUCUGAAAUUUGGGCAUCGCCAUCUCGCUGUGAUCAGGCGGACGGCAUAAAAGCGUGUGUAACUGCGUCUGGAGUAAAGCAGCGUUCUGAGCGUGGUGCAGACGUAUGGUUCUAAGCGUGGUGCAGCGGUGGGCUCAGCUGGACGCGACCUCGGCGAGCGCGGGCCUGCCACAGUGCAAGCUCCCUUAGCGUACGCGCCGACGCCUCUACGGCUGAACCGAGGCCGCUGACACGCCACGCCGACGCUACACGACCAGCGGCACACACGGAAUGCAGGAGAACCGCACCGCAGACGCGCGCCGGCCGCGAACACGCGGCGGCGCCGCCGGAGGCCGAGCCCCACGCCGUCGGCGCGCCGACGGCAAAAGCGCCGGCCACGGGGCUCACCGCCAAGAGAGCCACGCCCUCACCGCCACGAGACACGCCGGCUGCAAGCAGCGCGCUCACCGCCCGCCCCCGCAGGUCAGGAAAGGAGCAGUAGAACCAUGGCCGCCAAGAAGGCCGCCGCGGCCGCGACGGCCGUCCGCUCGGGCACGGGCAAGAAGAUGGUCAAGCGACGAACGAAGGUCCACUUCUACCGGCCCAAGUCCUUCCAGCCGCCGAAGGCGCCCAAAUACGCCUUGAAGGCGGCCCCGGCGCGCGCGAAGAUGGACAAGUACCGCGUCAUCAAGUACCCGCUCACGACGGAGUCGGCGAUGAAGAAGAUCGAGGACAACAACACGCUGGUCUUCAUCGUGGACGUCGCGGCGAACAAGCGACAGAUCAAGGACGCGGUCAAGGCCAUGUACGAGAUCUCCUGCAGCAAGGUGAACACGCUGAUCCGGCCCGACGGCCAGAAGAAGGCGUACGUGCGGCUGACGCAGGACUACGACGCGCUGGACGUGGCGAACCGCAUCGGCAUCAUCUAGGCUCGGUUCGUAAUGUGGUUCUUCGCUAGUGAGUCGGUUGACGGUCAGUCAACCCGGGUUGCUCAAGAGGAGGGGCCCACCUUUACUGGCACAUACUUUGGCACAUCAGGCCGUCCUUCCGCCGCCGAGUCGCCAUUCCCCUCAUCCUACCACUUCAUCCCGACGACGGCCCCUCGGAGUCCGGCGACCCGGACGAGGAUCCAAGUACAGACAACAACUAAGUUAGAUUC